AUGGAAGACACAACAAAGUUGAAUACCUCUAAACUAGGUACUAAAAAAUACUGGGAAGAUUUUUAUAGUUUGGAAAAAACAAAUUUUGAAUCAAAUCCAGAAGAUACCGGAGAAUGCUGGUUUAGUGAUAACGAUGCAGAGGAAAAAAUGAUCGAUUUUUUGAUGCAAAAUUUGGGAACACAUUCAAUCACUGAAAAAUCAACUAUUAUUGAUUUGGGUACAGGCAAUGGUCAUUUACUUUUUAGCCUAUACGAAGAAGGUUUUACCAAAGCUAAGCUGCAUGGAGUUGAUUAUUCUCAUGAAAGCAUCAAAUUUUCAAACAAAAUUUUAAGUGAAAAAUACCCGGAAGCUUUGGAUAAUAUUUCUUUUUCUCAAGUUGAUAUAUUCGACUCUGAGUGGAAACCACCAAGAUUUGAUAUUGUAUUGGAUAAAGGCACUUUAGAUGCAAUUGCUCUAAGUGGGCUGAAAUUAGCCAGUGGUAAAACUGUUGUUGAUGCUUAUCCAUCGGUAAUUGACAAAUUGUUGAAAGAUAAUGGUGUUUUUUUAAUUACUUCAUGUAAUUUCACUCAGAAAGAAUUGAUUAAAAUUGCAGAAUCAUGUGAAAACUUAAAACUGUGGAAAACUGUUAGUUAUCCAAUAUUUGAAUUUGGAGGUGUUAAAGGUACAACCAUUUGUACGGUUGCCUUUAUCAAACAAAAAAUAUAA